AGUGCAACCAAAAUUCCUAGGUACCAGUCAAACAAAGAAAUUGAAUGAGUCAUAAGGUCUUAGUGUUCGCUGCUUAGUGAGGAAAUCAACACAUACAACCAUGGGUUCGAAACAGAAGGCUAUGUCACGAAUACAACUUCAUUAUUAUGUGCGAUCGAGUCCCCUAUAAAUACCGCAUGCUCCAUGCGAAAUAUCCAGUAUUUCGCCGAUCGUUCAGCUCGAAGCAUCUAGUGAAACCUUCAAAAAGUGAACAGUGACUCAAGACAGUGAUACAAGUGAAAAGUACCGAAAAAGUGAAGUGUAUGGAAACAACUGCUGAAGUGAAGUGUAUGGAAACAACUGCUGAAGAAAUGGAGCAACACGGAGACGACCCCAAGAAUGACCAGAAAAAAGUUUAUGGUGAAUCUGAUGAUGAACAACUGGAAAAACGUGAAACUGUGACAAACGAGGAGGAAAACGGUACUGAACAGAAGAACAUGGAAACAACCGAUGACGAUGUGAAGCAACACAGAGACGGCCCCAAGAAUGACGAGAUACAAGAAUAUGUGGAAUAUGAUGAUGAGCAACUGGAAAACCGUGAUGACGAUGUGGAGCAACACGGAGACGACCCUGAGGAUCAUCAAGAAACAGGAAUUGUGGAACUGGACGAACGUGAAACUGUGACAAACGAGGAGGAAAUCGGUACUGAACAGAAGAACAUGGAAACAGCUGAUGACGAUGUGGAGCAACACGGAGACGACCCCAAGAACGAGGAGACACAAGAAUAUGUGGAAUAUGAUGAUGAGCAACUGGAAAACCCUGAUGACGAUGUGGAGCAACACGAAGACGACCCCAAGAACGAGGAGACACAAGAAUAUGUGGAAUAUGAUGAUGAGCAACUGGAAAACCGUGAUGACGAUGUGGAGCAACACGGAGACGACCCUGAGGAUCAUCAAGAAAAAGGAAUUGUGGAACUGGACGAACGUGAAAGUGUGACGAACGAGGAGGAAAUCGGUACUGACCAGAAGAACAUGGAAACAGCUGAUGACGAUGUGAAGCAACACGGAGACGACCCCAAGAAUGACGAGAUACAAGAAUAUGUGGAAUAUGAUGAUGAGCAACUGGAAAACCGUGAUGACGAUGUGGAGCUACACGGAGACGACCCUGAGGAUCAUCAAGAAAAAGGAAUUGUGGAACUCGACGAACGUGAAAGUGUGACGAACGAGGAGGAAAACGGUACUGAACAGAAGAACAUGGAUACAGCUGAUGACGAUGUGGAGCAACAAGGAGACGACCCCAAGAAUGAUGAGAUACAAGAAUAUGUGGAAUAUGAUGAUGAGCAACUGGAAAACCGUGAUGACGAUGUGGAGCAACACGGAGACGACCUCGAGGAUCAUCAAGAAAAAGAAAAUGCGGAACUGGACGAACGUGAAAGUGUGACGAAGGAGGAGGAAAUCGCUACUGAACAGAAGAACAUGGAAACAGCUGAUGACGAUGUGGAGCAACGAGGAGACUCCAAGGAUGACGAGAAAACGAAAAUGUGGAAGCUGAUGGCGAGCUGCUUUAAAUAGGAGAAAAUGUGACGAACGAGAAGGAAAACGGUAUUGAAUUGAACCAUCUUGAUGUCUCCAAGAACAUCAUGGAGCCGAUUCCAAGGAUGGUGAAAGCGAUCAGAAACAACAAAGCGAAUAUGGAAGCUAAUAAUAAGGAUUCUCUAAAUUUUUAAUAUGUAAAAAAAACCUCAAAAAUUUAAAUUUGUUUAGG